UCCGAUACUCACCAUGAAAGGUACAUUUAAACGGAACUGUGUGACCGUGGAGAGACGCGAGAGCGAGGAGAGGAGACGCGCACACACUUAAGGCUCCACGACAACAACAACAAUAACACCUGAGAGCUUACUCUCUCAUCAGGUAUCGUCCUAGUUUUGCGGAGGGUAUUACAUUUGUGGAAAGAUUUUGGAGAUGUCCCACGUCCAGUUAUCGACCGCCGCUCUGGAGAGGCUGGUGGCCAGAAGGACCUUCCCUCUCCACAGACGCACUAGCGUCUGCCGAAACCUCUUUGGACCGGUGGACCACGACGAGCUGAGCCGGGAGAUGAAAGCCAAGAUGCGGGAGAUGUCCGAGCGGGACCAGCAGAGAUGGAACUUUAAUUUCGAGACCAACACCCCGCUGGAUGGGGAUUACGAGUGGAAGACCGUGACAGCGGAUGAGACCCCGGUGUUUUAUCAGGACUCUGUACAGGACGACAGGAUCCGGGUGCCGGCGACGCCCGUCAAGCAGCAUCCCUCAUCGGACACUGAUCUCCCAGAAACGCCCCGUUUGGAUGUACUGGAGCGCCUGGCCGUGCCCGAGAGCAGCAGCACUCCUUGCUCAGGGGAGGUGAACCAGGAGAACCGCACAGAUAAACUCAACUCAGGGAAGUCGACUCAGAGACAGGUCCAGUGUGCUAGACGGAAGAGGACGGCCACGACAGACAACAACACACACAUCACAGACUUCUUCGUGAAACGUAAGAGGCCUGCUGACAGAAAAUCCAAUGAUGUGAGCGCUUGCCAUAUCUCCAAGUCUCCAAUCCCGGUGGAACAAACUCCACGAAAGAGGAUCCGUUGAAGGCGCAUUUUUUAUUUUUAAUUUUUUUUGCACUAUAUGCCUUUACGCAAUUUGGAGGCUCUCGGGGAAGCUGCCUAUCCCCACCACUUAAAAGGACGGAGAGGAGGAGGAGAGGACGCGGGGACGGUGUGGGACAAAGAAGUCCGACCGGUUGGUUGCGGCUCGGUGCGCCCCGGCGGAGCGCAGCCUGAGCACCGGACCACAACUCUCAGGACUGAACGGUUUGGGGAAGGAGAAGAGAGGACGUUUUUUUUGUGUUUUUUUUUUCUUUUUUUUUUUUUUUUUUUGCCGAAUGACUUCUAUCCAGUACAAAUGUAGCAUUCAUUGUUGCUUUUGCAUACAGCCACUCGACAGUGUUAAAUGUUUUAACAUCUGUGCAAUCCUAAAUUUCUUUAAAAAGAAUCGUCUACACUGGCCAAAAGUGUACAGCUUUAUAGAGACAAUAGCUUAUAAAUGUUUAUUUCUGUUCUGAUUGUUUCUGUUAAUGUAUAUUUUUUAAGUUUAUUCUAACUUAUAAUUUAUUUAUGUUUCUUUAUAUUUGUGAAAAUGCCUUGUUGAUUUAGCCACAAGGCAUGUUUUUUUUUUAAAUUCUAUUUUAUUAUUUACGUUUUCUUUGUUGUUGGUGUUGUGAUGUUUUGCAAUCAUGUAGCUUCCCCAUAGUAGUUCACACUUGAAAAACAUAGAUUUCUUUGUGUCUCUGAGCCGUUUCGUUUCGUGUGUUUUCAUAAAAGUGCCCUAAUUGUGUAUUGCAAAAGAUGGGAAUAAAAACGUCUUUCACUUAAUCGUAA